AAAAACAGCUGUUUGCCAAAUUAACAAACUGAAGAGUCAACAAAUUGUGCAUUUUAUUGCAAAGCGUAAAAACUACACACACACCAUGGAUGAGAAAGAAAAUCCAUACGAUAUGGAUAGCUCCAGCUUCGACUCGGACAGAUAUCUAGAGAAGCUGCUGAAAGAUUGCUCCCUCAAGCAGAUAAUGGACACGGAAGCAGCCGUGGUGAAGGACACACAAACAUUGCACUCGGAUAUGCAAACGUUGGUCUAUGAGAACUACAACAAAUUCAUUUCGGCCACGGAUACUAUACGCAAGAUGAAGGACGACUUCAAGCAGAUGGAGACGGAUGUGAAUCUGCUGAUGAACAAAAUGCAAUCGAUAACCACGUUCAGUGAGCAAAUAACGGGAACACUGCAAGGCACUCGCUCCCAGCUGUGUCGCCUCUCCGAGAAACAUUCGCUUUUGAAGCGUUUGCAGUUUCUGUCCACGCUACCAGCUAAGCUCAAAGCACUCAUAGAGGAGCAGAAUUAUGCGCAAGCUGUACAGGAUUAUCUGCAUGCCCAGAAAGUGUUUGCCCAAUAUGGCAGGCAGCCUUCCUUCGAUGGUAUACAACGUGAUUGUGAUGCCAUCAUGGCCGAGCUAAAAGAGCGGCUGCGCCAGGACUUUCAGCGAGCUGGGAACACGGCUCAGUCGCUAACCGAGAUCGGUGAGCUGCUGCUGCAGCUGGACGAGAAGACGUCGGACUUGGCCAGUGAGAUGCUGCGUUGUGCGGGUAAGCGGUUGCACGAACAGAUUGCCAUGCUGCAGGAUCAGACGGAGCGCGAUAUGCUCGAGUUUGUGGACAUGGGCAUCGAGGGAUUCCUCAACGAUUUGGCCCUGGUGGUGACCUCCUAUUUCGACAUGUUUGUGGCCAAGCACUACGAGCACGAGCGCGAUGACUUCCAGGAGAACGCGCUGCACGAGCUCAACAUCUUUCUCAAUCAGAACAUCGACAGUUAUCUGAGCCUCGUGCAAGAUCGCGUUGAAUCCGACAUUGGCUUCGGCGACACACAAGUCAUGCUGCGUGCCCUCGAUCGUCUCCAUCGCCGGCUGCAGGCCAUGCGCAACAUUUGCCGCGGCCUCCAGGUGCAGCGCAACACGCUGGAUAUCAUUAUUGCGGCCGCACACCAACUGUGCGAUGCGCAUGGUAAGAGUCUGCGGGAUCAUUUCGCAGACAGCUUGAGUGCUGUGCGUUUGUCGCUGGUUUCAUCUAAAAGCGAUGUAGCCACGGGCGUCAAUUUGAACGAUCUCAUUAGCAAUCUGUAUGUGGCCAUGGUGGAGAAGAUCAAGGGCGUGCUGCAGGAUCUGUUGAUCUUCUUGCGCACCGAUUGGUCCUUCAACAUCAAGGCGGAGCACAAGGGCGCCUUGUGUGUCGAAGGCAUACGCGAGCAAUUGCUGAUUGGCUUCUUACGGCACAUUGCCAAGAUGAUGUGCGGCUUUGCUGAUGCCUCUGGCUCUAGUCCACCCAAUCUGCUGCUGGUGCUGUCAAAAACCUGCCUGGAACUGGAGCAACAAGGCGUGCAUGUGUUGAUUGCCCUGGUCGAUGAUCUUUACGAGAUUGAUUCGGAGAACAGCGCCACGCUUACACAUGAAACUGAAAUUUGUGCCGAGAUGCGUGAGACAGCUCAGGCAUUGCUUGAUGCCUAUGUACGUCUCCAGGGCACCAACAUCUCGCAGAUGCUGCGCAAAAGCGUCGAGACGCGAGAUUGGCUCAACUGCCUUGAACCACGUUCUGUUCGCGCUGUGAUGAAGCGCGUCGUGGAGGAACUGGGCAGCAUUGAAGCAGUUGUUGCCAGUCUCUAUGAGACUUCAGGUAAUCCCGGCUUUCGCACCACGGCCAGCAGCGAUUCCAGUCGCAAGACGUACUUCAGCAACUUUAAUGCUGCCAAGCCGCAGUAUCGAUCCAAUUGGUCGAAUUAUACGCCAUCGCAGCUGGAGUCGAGCUAUGUGUCCAACAUACAUCGAUUGUUCUCGGAGCGUGUGGACAUCUUUACCUCGGUGGAGUUUAGCAAGACCUCCAUAGUCAUGGGCAUCAUUAAAAUAGGUCUCAAGACACUGCUGGAGUGCGUGAGAUUACGCACGUUUAGCAAGUUUGGACUACAGCAGAUCCAGGUGGAUGCGCACUAUCUGCAAAUGAAUCUCUGGCGCUUUGUCAGCGACGAAAAUCUGGUCAACUUUCUGCUGGACGAAAUACUCGGCUCGGCUGUGCAUCGCUGCCUGGAAUCCGUGUUGAUGGAACCCAACGCUGUGGAGAUUAUCUGCGAGCGUGGUUAG